UGAAUGUGACCUGACGUGGCAGAGUUCUGCAGAUGGAGUCACACAUUCAGCUCCAACACCAAAUAUGACAACCUUCAAAUCACAGGAGGAAACAUGGGUUAGGGUUAGCUUCAUGUGAACACAACACACACACACACACACACACAGUCACACACACAGUCACACCCAGAGUCAUGUGAUUUCCAGUACCUGCAGAGAGGGGGAGGAGCCUCCAGUGAAAGUGUUCAGACUGGUUCUAACUUCAAGGAGCAGACGGAGGAGACGUGAAGUCUGAGGCUGAUAAACAUUGAAACUGGUGUGAAAGAUCAUUUCACUGUGUUCUGCUGUAAACUGAGCACAGAACCAGAGGAAAUAGACCAGACCUUGAAUAUCUAGAAGAGCAGCGUGGCCUGAACCACAACUGAGCCGCAGCCGGUGCAACAUGGACGAGGACACUUCAGAGCAAGUUGGACCCUCAACCACAAAAGGUCAGGACCAGAGACUGAGAGCAGAGUCUCCAGGGUCCAGCUGUCUGUCUCUGAAGAGUGACUGGUCCAAAGGACCUAAUCCACCAAACUUCAGUAAAGAACCUGGACCCUCACCCACAGAGGAGAGGAAGAGGAGUCAUGUUUCUGAGGAGGAGCAGUCGUCCUGCUGUGCUUCGUGUCAGGACGUCCUGAAGGAUCCAGUCUCCACCAGCUGUGGACACUGGUUCUGCAGACAGUGCAUCACCUCAUACUGGGACCAGUCUGGUUCUUCAGGAGACUCCUCCUGUCCCCAGUGUGGACAAAGAUCCAGAACAGGAGCUGGAGCAGAUCGUGGUCUGCAGGAGGUUUCAGAUGAACAUAAGCUCAGUGUGAGGAGGAGAUGUGAACAUGUGACUGAAGGAAGUGAUGAAACAGGAAGUAGAACCCUCCUCAACAGGAUCUUCACUGAGCUCUACAUCACAGAGGGACAGAGUGAAGAGGUUAAUACUCAACAUGAGGUGAGGCAGCUUGAGACGGCUUCCAAGAUGAAGAUCCUCCAGGACACUCCCAUCAAGGUCCACGACAUCUUUAAAGCCUCCACUGACCAGCAGAGCAGCAUCAGAGUCGUCCUGACCAACGGAGUCGCUGGAGUUGGAAAAACCUUCUUGGUGCAGAAGUUCACUCUGGACUGGGCAGAGGGUUUAGAGAACCAGGAUGUGGGUCUGCUGGCUGUGCUUUCGUUCAGGGAGCUGAACCUGGUGAAGGACCAGCAGCACAGUCUUCUCACGCUGCUCCAUGUUUUCCAUCCAGCGUUACAGAAGCUCACUGCAGAGACGCUCGCUGUCUGUAAACCUUUGUUCAUCUUUGACGGCCUGGAUGAAAGCAGACCUUCUCUGGACUUCAACCACAGGGAGCUUGUGUCUGAGGUCACACAGAGGUCAUCAGUCAACGUGCUGCUGACAAACCUCAUCCGGGGGAAUCUGCUUCCCUCGGCUCUUGUCUGGAUAACCUCCAGACCUGCGGCGGCCAAUCAGAUCCCUCCUGCAUGUGUUGACAGGGUCACAGAAGUACGAGGCUUCACUGACGCCCAGAAGGAGGAGUACUUCAGGAGGAGGUUCAGUGAUGAAGAGCUGUGCAGCAGAAUCAUCUCACACAUCAAGACGUCCAGGAGCCUCCACAUCAUGUGUCAAAUCCCAGUCUUCUGCUGGAUCAGUGCUACAGUUCUGGAGCACAUGUUGACCACAGACCAGAGAGGAGAGCUGCCCAAGACCCUGACUGACCUGUACUCACACUUCCUGCUCGUUCAGACAAAGAGGAAGAACAACAAGUACGGUAAGAAGAGGACUGACAGAGAUGUUCUCCUGAAGCUGGGGAGGCUGGCACUUAAACAUCUGGAGGAAGGAAACAUCAUGUUCUACCAAGAAGACCUGGAGCGGUGUGGUCUUAAUGUCACAGAGGCCUCGGUGUACUCAGGAGUUUGUACUGAGAUCUUCAGAAGAGAGUGUGUUGUCUUCAAGAAAUCAGUCUACUGCUUUGUUCAUCUGAGCGUUCAGGAGUUUCUGGCUGCAGUCUACAUGUUCCACUGUUACACCAAGAGGAACACAGAAGAACUCAACAACUUCUUAGGAACAUAUGGGAACACAGACACCUUCUCCCUGGAUGACCUCCUGAAGAGAACCAUGGAAAAAUCCCUCACCAGUACAAAUGGUCAUCUGGACCUGUUUGUUCGCUUCCUUCACGGCCUCAGUCUGGAGUCCAACCAGAGAGUCUUAGGAGGCCUGCUGGGUCGGACAGGGAACAAUCCAGAUAUCAUCCAGAGAAUCUCAGGGUGGCUGCUGGGUCGGACAGGGAACAAUCCAGAGAUCAUCCAGAGAGUCAUCAACAACCUGAAGGAGAUGAAGAGUGAUGACAUUUCUCCUGACAGAAGCAUCAACAUCUUCCACUGUCUGACUGAGAUGAACGACCACUCAGUUCAUCAGCAGAUGAAACAGUUCCUGAUGUCAGAGAACAGAUCAGAGGAGGAACUCUCUGAGAUCCACUGCUCAGCUCUGGCCUACAUGCUGCAGAUGUCAGAGGAGGUUCUGGAUGAGUUGAACCUGAGGGAGUUCAACACAUCAGACCAGGGUCGACUGAGACUGAUCCCAGCUGUGAGGAACUGCAGGAAGGCUCAACUCAUUGGUUGUCGACUCUCAGAGACUCACUGUGAAGUCGUGGCCUCAGCUCUGAAGUCAGACCCCUCACAUCUGAGAGAACUGGAUCUGAGUUACAACAACCUGCAGGAUUCAGGAGUGAAGCUGCUGUGUUCUGGACUGGAGAGUCCAAACUGUCGACUGGAGACUCUGAGGUUGGAGGACUGCAGACUGUCAGAGAUCAGCUGUUCUUCUCUGGCUUCAGCUCUGAGGUCAAACCCCUCUCAUCUGAGAGAACUGGAUCUGAGCUACAACAACCUGCAGGACUCAGGAGUGAAGGAGCUGUGUGGUUUUCUACAGAGUCCAACCUGUCGACUCGAGACUCUGAGGUUGAGGUACUGCAGACUAUCAGAGAUCAGCUGUUCUUCUCUGGCUUCAGCUCUGAGGUCAAACCCCUCUCAUCUGAGAGAACUGGAUCUGAGGUUCAACGACCUGCAGGACUCAGGAGUGAAGGAGCUGCUUGAUCUACAGCAGAGUCCAACCUGUCGACUGGAGACUCUGAGACUCGGUGGUUGUGGACUCUCAGAGACUCACUGUGAAGUCGUGGCCUCAGCUCUGAAGUCAGACCCCUCACAUCUGAGAGAACUGGAUCUGAGUUACAACAAGCUGCAGGAUUCAGGAGUGAAGCUGCUGUGUUCUGGACUGGAGAGUCCAAACUGUCGACUGGAGACUCUGAGGUUGUGGAGCUGCAGUCUGACAGAGAUCAGCUGUUCUUCUCUGGCUUCAGCUCUGAGGUCAAACCCCUCUCAUCUGAGAGAACUGGAUCUGAGACUAAACUACCUGCUGGACUCAGGAGUGAAGGAGCUGCUUGAUCUUCAGCAGAGUCCAACCUGUCGCCUGGAGACUCUGAGGUGGAGGGGAUCUUUGUGGAGCUGAGUGUGAAGAGGACAGUGUGAAGAGGACAGUGUGUGUGGACGGAGGCUGAGCUGUGUCCUGAGGAUCCAGAGGCUGAAGCAGCAGCAGCUUGUGUGUAGUCUCCAAUCUACACAACCCCUAAUCUGCAUGUGUUUGUGAGAUGAAGCCGGAGCACCUGGAGAAAACACGGGGAGAACAUGCAGACUCCACACAGGAAGACCCCAUCUGAACCGGAUUCAAACCAGCAACCUUCCUGCCCCGAUUGUGUUUAUUCACAUGAAGAAUGUGUUUAUUGAAAUGACACAACACAAGCAGAAUAUAUAAACCCUCUAUAAAGAGUCACAUACAGUGUGUUUAAGUUUGUCUUUAUUAUUGUCCACCUUUGUCCCUCAGUGUGUCUCCAUGUGUGUAGAACCACAUUCUGUGUAUAUGUUUGUUUAUGAUCUUAAAGUUCCUGGAUUCACGUCACAAAUUGAUUUAGUUCAACACAAAGUUAAACACAUUGAAAUCACUUUGAGUUUAAAAUCAGAGUUUUGUCUUUGACACAAAAGAUCAAAACUCUGGACUUAAAAAUGGGACGUUUUCAUUUCUGCAUCAGGUGCAGAGCGGUGGUGGCUUUUCUACUUUUGACCCACAGGUGGCGCUGCAGUAUAACAGCAGCACAUCCCAGUCAAAGCCUUUAUAUUCAGUCUAUGAGUCAAACACAUGGAUCAUUUCCUCUGUGACAAACCAGAUGUAACGAGAAGAAAAACAUCUCAGAGAGAAAAGUUCUGUUUCUACUUGUCUCUGCUUUAAUGCUCAAUAAACAUCCUUCCACCGA